AUUAAUUCCAUGAUUUUCACGCUCAAGUGGUGUUAUUGGAGUUUAAAAGUAUAUAAUAUAAGUUGUUUAACUUAGCUUAAUAUAAAAUCGUAACGUCAAUUGUAAAAAAAGAAAAUUUUCACUAAAUUUUUCUUCUAAAAGUGUUACUACACUAAAUUCGGUGUAGUUGCGUGUUUGUGGAAAUUUAUUUUCUUGACACGGUUUCGGUUAAUGUUUAGAAAGUUUAGUCGGUACACGAACUCAUAAAUAUGACGACGUCGGAAGUAUCAUACAACCGCAAAAUAAUAUCAGAGGAUUUAUCAAAUGUCGAAUUCGACACUAGCGAAGAUGUUGAAGUUAUACCGACAUUUGACUCCAUGAGUCUUCGUGACGAAUUACUACGAGGAAUCUAUACUUAUGGUUUUGAGAAGCCUUCGGCUAUACAACAAAGGAGUAUUUUGCCAAUUGUUAAAGGACGUGACGUGAUAGCACAAGCUCAGUCUGGUACCGGAAAAACGGCAACAUUCUCGAUAUCCAUUCUGCAGACACUUGAUACCACACUUCGUGAAACACAAGUAUUAGUCCUUUCACCAACACGUGAAUUGGCUACACAAAUCCAGAAGGUUAUAUUAGCUUUAGGUGAUUUUAUGAAUGUCCAGUGUCAUGCUUGCAUUGGCGGAACAAAUCUUGGUGAGGAUAUAAGAAAACUGGACUAUGGGCAACAUGUUGUAUCUGGAACACCUGGAAGAGUCUUUGAUAUGAUAAGAAGACGUGUACUUCGUACAAGAUCAAUCAAGAUGCUAGUUCUUGAUGAGGCAGAUGAGAUGUUGAACAAAGGUUUUAAAGAACAAAUUUAUGAUGUAUAUCGUUACUUACCACCAGCAACUCAAGUUGUGCUGAUCUCUGCUACACUACCUCACGAAAUACUUGAAAUGACUUCUAAGUUUAUGACUGAUCCUAUUAGGAUUCUUGUUAAACGUGACGAGUUGACACUGGAAGGCAUCAAGCAGUUCUUUGUGGCUGUGGAACGUGAAGAAUGGAAGUUUGACACUCUGUGUGAUUUGUAUGAUACUCUAACAAUAACUCAGGCUGUGAUUUUCUGCAACACAAAGAGGAAGGUGGAUUGGUUAACACAGAAGAUGCAAGAAGCUAACUUUACAGUAAGCUCAAUGCACGGUGACAUGCCACAGAAGGAGAGAGACAAUAUUAUGAAAGAGUUUAGAUCUGGUCAAAGCCGUGUUCUCAUAACAACUGAUGUGUGGGCCAGAGGAAUUGAUGUUCAGCAAGUCUCCCUAGUUAUAAACUAUGAUUUACCUAACAACCGUGAGUUAUACAUACACAGGAUUGGUCGAUCAGGUCGUUUCGGCCGUAAGGGUGUUGCCAUCAAUUUUGUUAAAUCAGAUGACAUCAGGAUUCUCAGAGAUAUUGAACAGUACUAUUCAACACAAAUCGAUGAAAUGCCAAUGAAUGUUGCAGAUUUAAUUUAAUUCCUAAAUUCUUUAUAUAACUCGAACAGAUACAUGUUGAUAUUUUUUAACUCACAUAAAUCUUUAAUGAAUAGCUUUCUGUAUGCAUAAAAAACAAGGGCGAAUACUUUCGACCAAGUACUUGUAUUUAAA